AUGGUAGGACAUUUUAGUGCACAAGCUAUGGAACUAAUUGCUGCAAAGGAAGGUCUUCAGUUCGCAUAUGAUCUUGGCUUUCGUGACAUAGUGCUAGAAAUGGAUGCGCAGGGGGUGGUAGAUAGAAUCAACUCUAAUGAAGAGUGUUUUGAAGCUGAAGGGAAUCUUGUGGAAGAUAUCAAGGAGAUGCAGGGGUGA